CGCGCCAUUGGCUUCAGCGCGGCACUGAGAGGAGGGACCAGCGCGGGCCUCCAGACUCGGGCAAACCCCAGCCGCGCGGGUGCCGCUCGCAGUCCAGCCCGGCCCUGCCCUGCCCUGCCCGGCGCGGCGGCGUGAUGUGAGCGCCCGAGGGCCCCCUGCACGCCCGUUUCGCGAAGCCGGCCCCGGCACGCGCUGGGAACGUGUUGUGCUGACAGAAGGCGAGAACGGGCACUCAACUCAUCUCUGCGUCUCCCUUGCCCUGCACGGUGCCUGGCACACACCCUUCCGCAGAGGCCGGGCUCCAGGACAAGAUGGCGGCCAAGCAGCCCCCGCCUCUCAUGAAGAAGCACAGCCAGACGGACCUCGUGAGCCGCCUGAAGACCCGCAAGAUCCUUGGAGUGGGCGGCGAGGAUGACGACGGGGAGGUGCACCGCUCCAAGAUCAGCCAGGUCUUGGGCAAUGAAAUCAAGUUUGCUGUUCGGGAGCCUUUGGGACUGAGGGUCUGGCAGUUUGUUUCUGCUGUGCUCUUCUCUGGCAUUGCCGUCAUGGCCCUGGCCUUCCCCGACCAGCUCUAUGACGCCGUCUUUGAUGGAGCUCAGGUGACCAGCAAGACCCCCAUCCGCCUCUAUGGGGGUGCGCUCCUCAGUAUCUCUCUGAUCAUGUGGAACGCUCUCUACACGGCCGAGAAGGUUAUCAUUCGCUGGACUCUACUCACCGAGGCCUGCUACUUCGGGGUCCAGUUCUUGGUGGUCACUGCCACGCUAGCCGAGACCGGCCUCAUGUCCCUGGGGAUUCUGCUGCUCCUGGCCAGCCGCCUCCUUUUUGUCGCCAUCAGCGUUUACUACUAUUACCAAGUCGGCCGAAAACCCAAGAAAGUUUAAAUGACCACUGGGCUGGGGCCCUUCUUGGGCAAGGAGGCCCGGGGCCUCAGUUUCCCUUUGGUUCAUGGAAGGCAGGAAGGACCCUGCCCUGCCCCAGGCAGACAGGAGCGGCCCCCUUCCUCCUCCCGGGCUCUCCCCGAAUGCUGUGAUCAGGGCUUUCAGGUUUGAGGAGGGACAGGGCCUCUGCACCCUGUUCUUUGCCCCACACAAUGACACCUCUUUUCUUGAGCCUCUUGGUCUCGGAUCCCCUGGACAGACACGGACUGAAGAGCCUGCAUCACGGGGUAUCGGGCUGAGGCGAGGUCCUACCCCUUCUGCCGGACGCUCUUUCUUUUGAGAGAGGCUGUGGGCUGCCUCCUUGUCCUCCCCCUUUACCCCCAGCCAAUCGAGUGCCCAGGCAGCUGGAAAACCCAAGAACUUGACCUUGUGCCCCUACUCCUUGUGGGCCCUCCCACAUGUGGGGGCCCCUCUCCACCCCUAAACACAGGCACCUAAUCUCCCCACAGCCCAGCCGCAGGCCGACAGGUGGGGGUGGCUGUCUUUGAGCUGGCAUUUGCCGACCUCACAGGAAGGCCACGGCAGCAGAGCCCUGUCCCGGCCACCACAGGCUCUCCGGGGCCUCGAUCCAGGCUGCUCUGCCUCCACCCCAGCUCCUGGGGCCUCCUAGGAGCCCCCCCUCACCCAACCUGCCUGGGUGCAGAGGCUGCCAGAGGCCUCACCCACAGGCUGGCCUGACGUGGACACAGAGAUCCACCUGUAGGUGAUGGGGCUUGGAGAUGAGAAGAAAAGCCUUGAACUUGGCAUGUUCUCCAGGGUCUAAUGCUCACCCGGCUUAGCCCCUCUCCUCCCCUCCCCUCCCCCCCUCCCCAGGGUGUUGCCCUCUGGACCUCCAGCCUGGGCUGCCCCCAGGGUCUAGCAGGAUAAGACUGGGUGCCCUUCGAGCUCAGCUGGGGAAAAAUAUAGAAAUAUUUCAGCGGGACACCUCCUCUCAUGUCCCUCCACGCCCCCAGCCCCCCACCCCCCGCCCCGCAAAUGGAGAAGGCGGACACCUGGCUCCCUCAGAAUGAACAGCCCUGCAGACCCCCCCGUCCCCCGGCCUGUGUGUCCCCCAGUACUCCCUCCUCCCUCCCAGCACUGUCCUCUCCAGCCCUGUGUCCUGGGGACGGGUGUGGAGAGCAGUAGCCCAGGCCCAGUCUCGCUUUCUGUCUUGGAACAGAGAGUGUUUGGGGGCGAGAUGGGUGGUCUUUAGUGCAGCCCAGCUCUGUCUACUGCCGGGUGGACCUGUGCCUGGGAACCUGCCCACACUGGGCUCCACGCUGCUGUCCCUGCAGCCACAUACCUAGUGUCCAGCACAGCUGAGGAGCGAGGUCUGGCGGGUCAGGGGCCUAAGGCUACGCUGCUGGUGACCACGGCUGAGCCGAAGGGACAGCAGACCUAAGGAAGGGCCAGCUCUUUCCUGGCGUCCAUCUCCUGCCACUGACGUGUGUGCCUGUCCCCAGGGAGAGCCCUAGGCAGGCUGCCCACUGCCCACUUUGGGAGGUGCUGUUGGUGACUGGUGGGUGUGCCCCAGACCAAGGCCAGGCCCUCCAUCUGGCCCACGCCUUUGAAGGCCCGGCUGGUUCUCCGGCAGGUGGUGGUUUGUCCGAAUAACCGCUGGGCCCGGCAGGUAGACCCCUCCAGAGGCAGGCAGGGAAGUGGAGGUAUGGGCUCUGGAGCCGGGCUCUGUGUUCGGCAUCUGCUAGGGCUGAGCUGGCCAACCUACUUCACUCUCAGCUGGGGUGCGGGGUGCAGGGCACGGGGUGUGGUGAGGGCCCACUGGAGGGCAGUGUCCAUGCACUUCCUGCUGUUUGAACAUUCCAGUGAGGCCUGGAGGGAGGGGCUCUGGCAGGCAGACAUGGCCUUGGGGGGUGGGGGCACGCAGGGCGAGAGUGAGGGGGAGUCCUUGGGGAGGAGACGGUGACAAAGGGGAGAGGGACAAGGGGACCCACAAGUCUAGUGAGGAAGGCCCAGCUCCCAUCCUGAAGAUUUGGGGAGACCCAGAAUGCCCCUGCCCAGUCCCCCCAGGUCCCCUUUGCCCCAGCCCACCCUCAAAUCAAGACCACCUUUCUUCACGGUCACUAUUUAUUCUUCGUUCCUUUUUCUUUUUGUAAGAAACGGUCACAAAAACCAGUGCAAAACCA